CGGUUCAGCAACUUCCAGCGGCUUCCGGCUGAGAUCCGGAACAUGAUCUGGGAAUACUCGCUGCCGGAAGCGCGCGUAUACGAGGUCCUCGAUGCCCCCAAUGCGAAGCAAAAGACGCCGGCUCAGCAGGGUCUGAUGUUUGCCAAUGUACACCCGGAGCCUCCGCCGGCGCUGGCGGCUGUGUGCCGCGAGAGCCGGUACUUUGUCCUCCACAACUACAAGCCGUUGACAUUGGGCGCAACGACUAAAUAUGUCGAUCUGUCCCGGGACAUCCUGCUGCUCGAGCCCUACCUUCUCGUCAAGCGCCUUCACCGCACCCUCCACUUCAUGAGCCAGAUACCCCUGAUGCGGGACAACAUUAACCGUCUCGCGCUCGGCACGUCGUACGGAAUCUACACGGGCAUCUGCCACCCCGUGCUGAGCUGGAAGGUUUCCAAGACGAACAUGGCAAAGCUGCUGUCCAGCCUGGCCAAAUUUCCCAAGCUGAAGAUGCUCGUCUUUAUUGUGCACCAAGAGUUUCAGUUCGAGUUCGACUUCCGCUUUCCCGGCACAAUGACCCCCAUCCCGAGGAACCCCCUGCCGCCUUCCAUCUCGGUCUCCGUGCCGCCGAGCCUCGGCCCUCAGCACGGCACUAGUCUAGGAGUUUCUUACCCGGGUAGCGGCAACGGCGGCUUGCAGGCGAGGGCGAUAUUAUCACCUCUGUCAUCUCUGGCGCCCCCGCUUCGACCGACUGGGUUCCCUCCGACGCUUGUGCACCAGGCGUACCGGUUCAAGUUCGACAUCGAGGCCAACAUCAACCACACGCCGCGGCGCCCGCACCUCAACGAGCUGCUGUACUACCCGCUAGACAUUGACGAGGACAAGGACGACUGGGACCUGAACGACGUCCCGGAAGAGGAGAGCGAGUGGUGCGACCCGUGGCCCACCAACGACGACUGGCGCAGGUUCCGCAAACGCUUCCAGCGCGCCAUC